CGGCGGUGGUGAGGCCGGGUCUUUGCGUGCUCGGGGAAGUUUUCUGUGGGUGGAGGUGGUCACCGAAAGGAAAGACGGCGCACUGUCGGCAGCUGGGAUGGAGUCGUGACCAGGUUGCCAUCACGAAAGCCAAAGUGGAUUUCUCCGGUGUGCUGUGCCUGCCCCCUUCCGUCAUUGCUGCAAAUGGGCUGGACGGAGGAGGGGCUGGCGAGAAUGAAGAUGAGACGGUGUUGGUGUCUCUUUCAGCGGCACCAAGCCCCCAGAGUGAAGCUGUUGCCAAUGAGCUGCAGGAGCUCUCCUUGCAGCCCGAGCUGACCCUAAGCCUCCAUCCUGGCUGGAACCCCAAUCUUCCUCCGCUAAGUGAGAGGAAGAAUGUGCUACAGUUGAAGCUCCAGCAGCGACGGACACGCGAGGAACUGGUUAGCCAAGGGAUCAUGCCUCCUCUGAAAAGUCCAGCUGCAUUUCAUGAACAGAGAAGGAGUUUGGAACGGGCCAGGACAGAGGACUACCUAAAACGGAAGAUCCGGUCCCGGCCAGAGAGAUCAGAGUUAGUGAGGAUGCACAUUCUGGAAGAGACCUCCGCUGAACCUUCCCUUCAGGCCAAGCAGCUGAAGUUGAAGCGAGCCAGACUGGCUGAUGACCUCAAUGAGAAGAUUGCCCAGCGGCCGGGUCCCAUGGAGUUGGUGGAGAAGAACAUCCUGCCUGUAGAAUCAAGCUUGAAGGAAGCUAUCAUUGUAGGUCAAGUGAACUACCCAAAGGUAGCAGAUAGUUCCUCCUUUGAUGAGGACAGCAGUGAUGCCCUGUCCCCAGAACAGCCUGCUAGCCAUGAAUCCCAGGGAUCUGUGCCAUCCCCAAUGGAAGCUCGAGUUGGCGAGUUACUUCCCACCCCCACAACGGCAUCCCCAGCUCAGGCCGUAUGUCAGUUAAAAAUCAGUAGCGAGGCCCCUUUCCUGUCUGAGCAGCAUCCAACACCUCUUCCACUUCCGCCACCUCCAGUGCCUCCUAAUCUCGCCAAUGGAGUUGCUACUCCUCCUGCCAAACCACUCCCAACCCUUAUAAAGCAAAGCCAGUCCAAGUCUUCAUGUGAGAAGUUGCAGCGCAGCAAAAAAUCCAAGGAACCGAAGCCGAAAGUCAAGAAGUUGAAAUAUCACCAAUAUAUCCCACCGGACCAAAAACAGGACAAAGGAGCUCCUCCCAUGGAUUCAUCUUAUGCCAAAAUCCUGCAGCAACAACAGCUCUUCUUGCAACUCCAGAUCCUUAAUCAGCAGCAGCAACAGCACUACAACUAUCAAACCAUCCUGCCAGCUCCACCAAAGCCUCCAGGAGAGCAGCAAAGUGGCAGUAGUGCCCCGCCCUUGCGUAGCCUCUCCACUGCUGUCAGCAGCACCUCAUCUGUUUCUCCUGGUUCUAAUGGAUUGAUGCGACCAAACAGCAACACUUCGGUGGGCAAGCCAGGAGCUCUUCCUACUAACCUUGAUGACAUGAAGGUGGCAGAGCUGAAGCAAGAGCUGAAGCUAAGAGCACUGCCUGUGUCAGGUACCAAGACGGAUCUAAUCGAGCGGCUCAAGGCUUAUCAGGAGCAGAAUGGUAUAGCUGGCCGAGCGCUCAGUGCUCCAAAGCCCAAUACGACAAUUCUCCCAAAGGCUGCUGAAGUGGUGGUAGCCUUCCCAGCCACCAGGCUGAGUUCAGGGCCAGCACUGGUCAGUGCUGGCAUUACUCCAGCAGAGGUUGUGAUGGCUGCAGUGGCUGGCAAUGGUGUGAUGAAGUUUGGUAGCACAGGCUCAACUCCUCCCGUUUCACCCACCCCCUCUGAGCGCUCUCUGAUGAGUGCUGGGGAUGAGAAUUCGACCAGUGGGGAUGCCUUUGGUGAGAUGGUGACUUCUCCCCUGACUCAGCUCACCUUACAAGCAUCACCAGUGCAGCUUUUGGUGAAGGAAGAGAGCUCCAGAGGCAGCACUUGCAGCUCUAAUCCAGUGUCGAGGACAGAGAUCUGCAAUAGCAGCCGGCAAGACAUGGAGGUCCAGGAUAAAGACCAGAUGCUGCAGGAGAAAGAUAAGCAGAUUGAGGAACUCACCCGCAUGCUGAAACAGAAGCAGCAGCUGGUGGAGAUGCUGAAGCUGCAGCUAGAGAGAGAAAAACGGUCUCAGCAUCCACUGCCAGCCACGUCUGUUGGAGAAGAGGGCACAGCCACGGUCCCUGAGCCGUUACCCUUUGGCACCCAUGUUAAGAGUGAAAAGGGCUUUGUGAGUUGCCAGUCUUCAGGGCAGCUCAACUGUCAGACUGACCAAUUAAAAUGCACACAAACCACUGUCCAAAUGGACACCUCAGAUACAAUCUCGGUGCCAAAGAAAACAGUGACGGUGAAGCAAGAGGUGCCAACUGCCGAAACUGAGCCACCAUGCCAGACCUCAAGUUUUUUCCUUGGCCAGCAAGGUGGAAGUUUCAGUGAUCUCAUCAAAGGAGCCCCUCCCCCUACCCUCAUCACAGAUUCCACUGGCACUCACAUAGUCCUCACAGUGACCAAUCGGAAUACUGAGAGGCAGGGCCUCUCACCUCAGGAAAAAGUGGGGAGCCGUUCCUUGCCAUUGAGGAGAAUGUCCUCACCACCAGUGAAAGCUCCUAGCCAACAACCUGUUAGCAGCCCCCAGUCAUCUCUGCAGCCGCCAAGUGAGCCCAUCAAGAAGGUUCAGAAGCCAGGUCUGCAGAUGGUCACUGAGCAGCUGCCUCAAACAGUCCUGUCGUUUUCUUCACCUCCUAACUUGCAACCCUUCUUCCUGAAUGGCUUUCACAAAGGACCCCUGAAAACAAGUGGCAAAACUGGCCAAUCCAGCAUGCCCCAAAAGCUUCUCUCGCAGCCAGGAUCUCCACCUCCUCUGUCUCCAUCCCAAAUGGAUCUUGAGCAGCAGAACCCAUCCUUCUUUGGUACUCCACCACCCUUGUCUCUCCCUUCCUCCUCUGUGUUGAUGAAAGACCCACCAGGUUAUGCAGAGGCUGUGAAACAGCAGCCGAAGCCCCUUGAGGAGAAUGGCUGCUCAAGCCAGCAAAUGGAUGACCUCUUCGACAUUUUAAUUGAGCAUGGAGAGAUCUCAGCUCAAUUCAAGGAGCAGUCUUCCCCAGGAAGGAAAGGCACCAUUAUUUCCCCAGGAUGCCCUUCUCCAUCUAAUAGCCACCAUUCCUCAGAGCUCCCCCUGCAGGUGCCCAUGGGCCAUACCAGCUCCAUUAAUCCCACCCCAGCAGGCAGACUGGAAGACUUCUUGGAAAGCAGCACUGGCCUCCCCUUGCUAACAGCUGGCCCUGAUGGACCUGAGCCUCUGUCCCUCAUCGACCUCUACAAUGAUAUGCUAAGCAGUUCAGCUAUCCUGGACCACCCAUCAUCACCUAUGGACACAUCAGAAUUGCACUUUGUCCCUGAGCCUACUGGGGAGCCGAGUUUGGACCUGGGAGAGGCUAACUUGGACAGUAUGGAUUGGUUGGAGCUGUCAGGAGGGCCAGUGAUGAGCCUCACCCCCCUCAGUACUGCAACACCUAGCCUUUUCUCCACAGACUUCCUUGAUGGACAUGAUUUACAGCUGCACUGGGAUUCUUGCUUAUAGUUCUCUGAGCAUGCAGACUGAAAGGAGCGGUACAGCUAGGUGUAGGGCAUGGGUGGGAUCUUAUGCGAAGGUUGCUUCUGUCUUGAGAACCCCACAUUUUGACCAGCUUUCAUGAAGCUAGAGCCAAGGGCCUGUACCAGUGAUGUCUUCUGAUUCGACCUCAGGCAAGCUACAUUUCUCACGGCUAUUGGCGGGCUGAGACAUGAUCCUUUCCUCAAAUGCUUAGCAGCCAUACCAGAUGCAUGAAUUGUUGGAGUCUUUCAGCACAGAGCGCUGCCUCUCCUAUGCGAAUUGUCAAUCUGGGUGGGGUUGGGGAUUUAGUGUAAAGCCAUGGUUAUAGAGCAGCUUGGAAGAACUCAUUGGAGAAAGCCAGCCUCCUUGUUGGCCUUGAGUCUGUCUAGUUAGGAGGCAUCUUUAAAAAAACCAAAAACUUGGCAAAACUUAAUUUGGCCAUAUUAUGAAGAGAUUUCCUUAGAUUUAGGAGAAAGAGUGGGGAUAAGGAUGAGUACAGGACUAAGGCUUUUGCUGUCCUCAGUUUAUAUGGCUGGGCAUCCUUUUGCAAGAGCCUUUCCCUAAUUAUUCCAUAGUAUAGGUGCAUUCUGUCUGGCAAGAAAGUCAAGCCCAAGUUAUGUGCCAGAGCUUAGAUAAUAGCCAUCUUCCUAUGGCUUGCUGCUAUUUGUUGCAUGUAGACUUUGUUUUUGGCUUGGCUCCAUGCUCUGGCUGUGGUAUCUCACUUAGCUGAAAUUUCUGUCCCAAGCACUGAGUUGGCCUUGAAUCAAGACAGCUGUAUCAGGGAUGAUAUUUUCAGCCCCCUGUAAUUGCUCUACUGUCUCCUCUUAAUAAUCCUCUCUAUGAAACCUAGUUGCCUAGACUUGUUGGUCGAAGAGGUGGAGUUCUGGGAAGUUUUGACCUUUUGGCAGCACAAGCAUCCGGAGCAGCUGUGCUGCACUAUGCUGGUGUUCCUUGUGCUUAUGCUAGUCAUUGGUUUAAGUUCAGCCAAUCAUCCCAAAGGUUUCCUGUAUAUGAAGCAUAGCUUGCUCUAUUCCAGAGGUUGACAUUAUGGGGAAGUCUGCUCUCUGCUGUUGGUCAGUGCAUUGAAAGGGCUGUGGCUGCACUUCACUUUGGAGAGCUUAGCUGAUCACACUCCUCCAGAUGAAGCAGUUUUAAUUAAAAAGGACCUCUGAGAGCAUGAGCACGAGCACCAACAUCCUCCCUGAGGCAGAAGCCUUUGGUGCUUCUUGCUAAGGAGUUGCAUGUCUGUCAAUGCACAGAGGAACUUUCCUAUCACCAUAGGCUCUGCUGCUGUGUGGUUAAGAGUGGUUGAAAACCACAGGCUUGCCUCUUGAUACCUGGUUUCAUUUAUAGCUGGUAAAAUCUUUGUAUAUAGCUGUUAAAAAACUUGUUUUGUUUUUGGAAAGCAAAUGAAGUUAAUCUACCUGGUUAGGAGGUGGUUACUUUCUUUUAGCUCCUUCUCUUGUGUGAUAAAACUGUUGGGGAGCUGGUAUUUUAGCCUGUGGUUUGGUGAGGAAGAGGAUUUGGUCCUUGGACUGCCAAUUUUAGCCUUAUUGCACAUGUCACUCAAAGGAAACGGUAUUUCUAGUAGCCUUUUUCCCCUCUCAUAUUAAAUAUGUAGUUUAUGUGUCUGCUGGGACUGCCUCCCUCUCCACAGUGGGAGAAGGUUCCUCUCUCAUUUCACAGGAUUCCAAAAGCCCCUUCUGUUUCUCUUAUGUUAUAAAGACUAUAUAACAUAUCCCAUAUGUCCCCUUUAUGGUGAAUGGACUUACCUGGAAGAGAAUAUUGCAGUUAUGUGACUGGCCAACUGCAUGUGAAACUUAUUUCAUUCAGUAAAAAAAUCAGUUUUGGAAAUUAGAUGGUUAUAGCUGCCGAAGUAGUGUAUUCCUUGUAUUUUCUUCAGGACCUACUACUUAAUCGUAUCAGUCUGUGACUAAUUUGGAAAGUUGGAGCUAGACUUGGGGUUAUUCAUUGUGCGAAAAAACAGAGUAAGCCAACUUCAGUAAGGGGAGAGGACCAGGUUCAGUACUACACUCUUGCCUCUUUUCAUAUUAAGAGCAAUUAAUGAGUUUAGAUUUUGUGGUGGUCAUUGGCCAAGUCAGGGCAGCUGUACCAGCAACAGGGGCUUGUACAGCAAGAGUGCUAUCCAAAUAGAUGCCUGGCUUCAAAAAGGGAAACAUGUUGUCCUAGUCUAGUGUAAAAUGAAGAAAAGCACUACAGUUAAAUUAAGCCCAUUGUGGGUAUGUUACUCUUUCAUGGAAUGAGAAAAUGAUUGGUAUUAAGCUGUCCAUUUUUCUCCAGUGUAUAAAAUUACUCUGCUUAUAUAAUAUGUCCCCCAAAUUAUCCUUAUAUCCCCAAAGUAAAACAAGAGCACCUAAGGGUCUGCCUGUAGUUUGAAUGUACUCUUUCUCCUGCUGAUAACCACUGCUUGUAUUAGAUUAUUAGCGCACACAUGUUACUCUACUAUGCAUUAAGGAAAAGGGUUAUCAGCUUACACACGAGGCUUAGGCAGUGCUGUAGUAUUAGACCUAGAGUGAACAUGCAACUGGAAGAGGGCAUGGAAUGAGCAGUUACUUGGAAAGACAAUGGAUAAAUCAAAUUAUUUUUUCAGUUACAGAUUUUUGAAAAAUCAAUUUUAUUAAAAAAAUUGUAUUGUA